AUGGAGCAAAGAGGGAAGAGGACACGGGACGCUCUUCUCGGGGUCCGGCUGGUCCCCCCCGUGCUUUUGCUGCCGCUGCUGCAGCUGGUGGGGGGGGCUCCCCUGGGCCAGAGGCUGUACCCCAUGCCGGCCAGCAUCCUGCAAGCACUGUCAAGCCGGGGGACGCUGGUGCUGGAGGCGGCACUGAGGAGCGCGUUGCUGGCGCUGGAGCGGGCGCUGUCAGAGCAGCAGCGGCAGCGGGGUGCCUGCGGGCUCUGUGCCCCCUGCCUCUUCCCACCCUGCGCCAACAUCACUGGCCACUGCCCACCGCCAGCUGUGCCCCCUGCCAUGCCCCCCAGCUGCCAGGCCCUGCUGGAUGCCCAGGCGCUGCCCGAGCUGCCCCAGCGCAACCGGGCGCUGAGCCAGGCCUGUGCCCCCUACCAGCGCCUGUGCCCCCCCGAGGGGGCCCUGCACACCUGCGCCCCGCUCAGCGCCCAGCUCUGCCGCCACCGCCUCCAGGAGUGCCAGACGGUGGCCGCAGCCCCGAGUACUGACCCAGCAGCGGAGGCGGCAAUGCCAGGGAGCUGCGGGCGCCGCGGGGUCCCACAAGCCAACGCCACAGCCCCCCGAGGACGGAUCAUGGGCGGCAGCGUGGCCCCGCGGGGCGCCUGGCCCUGGCUGGUGUCGGUGCGGCUGCACGGGGAGCUGAUGUGCGGAGGGGUGCUGGUGGGGCUCUCCUGGGUCCUCACGGCGGCACACUGCUUUAGCGGGAACCGGAACGAGCUGGCGUGGACAGUGGUGGUGGGCGACCACGAACUGAGCAAGCCGGGAGCGGGCAAGCGGGCAGUGCCCGUCCGACGCAUCCUGCCUCACCCUAAGUUCAACCCCAAGACGUUCCACGGGGACCUGGCGCUGCUGGAGCUGGCAGUGCCGCUGGCCCCAUCACCCACCGUCAGCCCCGUGUGCCUGCCCAGCGGCCCCGCGGAGCCCAGCCCCGGCACCUCCUGCUACAUCGCGGGCUGGGGCUCCCUCUACGAAGAGGGACCAGCAGCCGACGUGGUGAUGGAGGCGCAGGUGCCCCUGCUCAGCCAGGAGACGUGCCGGGGUGCCCUGGGCAAGGAGCUUCUCACCAGUGCCAUGUUCUGUGCUGGGUAUUUGUCUGGAGGCAUCGACUCCUGCCAGGGCGACUCGGGGGGCCCGCUGGCGUGCGAGGACCCCACCUCACACCACUUUGUCCUCUACGGUAUCACCUCGUGGGGUGACGGCUGCGGUGAGCGGGGCAAACCAGGAGUCUACACCCGUGUCACUGCCUUCAGGGACUGGCUGAGUCUCCAGAUGGACUCUGCCCCUGGCAGCCGAGAACCGAGCUGCUUCGACCUGCUGGCCCUGGCACAGCUGCCUCCUGAGCAGCAGCCCCCGGAGCGCGCCCGUCUCUGCGCCUUCUACGCCGGCUCCUGUCGGGCACCUCAGGGCCGGGCCACCUGUGCCCACCUGGCCGAGGAGACCUGCCGCGCCAGGACGAGACGGUGUGAGCUGCACUCCUACGCCCAGACCUUGGUGGAUCUCCUGCGCCAGGCUGGGGACUUCAUCCGAAACCAGUUUGAUUUCUCCUUCCUCACCCGCACUCUGCCUCAGCUCCUGGGCAAGAUCUACGGGCACUUCUUCCCUCCCCGUGUCCGCAGGGAUGCCCCAGGCCUGGCUGUGGCAGGGGGCCAAUCCAGCCUCACAGGAGUGGGACCCCAGAGACCACCCAACAGGUGGGGGGACAGGCAGCUGCUGCCCUUUGCAGAGCUUUUUGGAGUAGUGGGACCCCAGUUGCAGGACUGGGUGGAGGCUCUGAGGACUGUGGCAGAGGGCAGCCACCUGGUGACAGCAUGGGACAGGGAGCAGCUCUCCGGGGAGACACAGCUCUUCCUGCAGGGUGAGGAUGUGGUGGAGGAGAUGGUGGCACAGGGACGAGCCUUCCUCACCCAGCUGAGAGCAGAAUUGGACCUUGGCGCCACCCUGGAAGCCAUGGAGCCACAAGGGGCAUCUGGAGAGCUGGCAGGGACCCCUGUGCCAAGCCAUGAACCCCGGUCUGCACUGAGGGAGAAACGUGAACUGGUGUCCACAGAGCUGCCCAGGGUGGAGGAGGAGGAGGAGGCAGGCAUGGGCAGAGCCUGCCCUGGCCUCAACGAGUCGGCAGUGCGGGUGGGCGCGGUGCGGGACCUGUACGCCUGGGUGCUGCAGGUGCCCGAGGCAGACCUGGCCAUGACCUUCCAAGAGAUCCUGGUGGACUUGAGCUCCAAAAACACCAAGGGACUGUACCGGGCACAAGUUCGGGCCACUGUAGGGGGCCGCCCCACGGCCUUCACUGGCCUCGUGGGGCUAGAGAGUGACUCACUGGCCCGUAGCAUGCCUGGCCUCGUUGCUCUGGCACUCGAAGCGCUGAAAACCUAAUGGUACCCUGGGGCAGUGUGCCAGCAUGGGGAGAGGGCACUGGGGCAGGAGUCCCUUAUGUCCUUCAAACACUCUCCACUCCCAGUCUUAGGCUCUUUCCCCCCUUUGUCCCCAGUUGUACCUCAAUCUCUCUUCCCACCAGUACUUCCUUAAUUCCCUAGGGCAAUGGGAUCCUGGUGAGUACCUGAAGCAUCUCAGCCAGGAAUCACAGUCCUCUCCCCUGGAAGCCCCAUCUUGGCAAGCCCACCCUCACCCCACCUUCCCCAGAAGCACCUGAGCUGCUAUUUAUUUGUACAGAGAAGGUUUAUUUUUCAA